AUGAAUCAAUGGAGGAUCACUGCACAGAUUUUGCUUCCAGUUCUGACUCUGGUAGUGACGACGUCGCAUAAGAAUGGUCUGGCCAGGCAGGAACAGGGCCCGAAGAUUUCCGCCCCCGGAUUUCGCUUGAGCCACCUCCCUGCUCGUAUCCGCUUUGGGCAGGCACUCGCGUGCAUUUCACACAAACUUCAAAUCAAGCUUCCAUGUGUCAAGCUUUUGGCCUCCGGGUCUGUCGGAGUCGCCUUGGCACUUGGGGCCAUCACUUGUAUUGCGACAGUGCUUGAUCCUUGGCUGUACAACAAGGCUGGUAAUGUCCUGGCGUUCGUACGAGACGUCUUUGAUACAUCUGACUCGACUGUAUCAAACCAUCUCCCCACAAACCUCGAGCCAACAGCCAACAACAUCAAGGUCCCAGGCAGGCCUCAGGCACGACGAAGGGUCCAAGUAUGGAGGCUUCUGCUCAUCUUCGUCAUUGCCACGAUCGGUCUGCUCCAGAUUGUUAGACCCAAGCGGACACCAUUCGACCACCUUUCGGUCACCCUCCCUUUCACCCUAUACCAGAUCUUUGAUACGUCUGAAUCGGCCGUUUGUGGUGGACACUUGCAUAGGCUUCCCUUUCCCAAGCCGGAACUGGUUUAUGGCCCAAACAAUGGCACACACAUUGAUCAGCUUCUCGAGAGACCUUUUUGGCUUCCUGAACACGAAGUUGUGGGCUUUGAUCGAUGGUACUCGCAACCACAGAAUGAGAGUGCGAAAUUUGACGGCUGGCGACCAUACGAUAUGAAGCAAGAUCCCCUCAAGAUCUCAAACCUCGACAACGAUCUCUUCCAAUCACUUCGUAACGCGUUCGACACCAACAAUGUCCUCAUCAAGCACGUUGUCCUCUUCCAUUUAGAAAGUACUCGACAGGAUGCCUUUCCGCUGACAAAUGGCUCUCACCUACAUGAGAUGAUCGCCCGGGAGAUGGGUCCAUUUGCUGACAUCGAAGAUCUGGACUCCAAGCUUGCCAGUAUUUCCCUGAACGCAGCAGCUAUCACGGGCUUAGAUACUGGACUCGAGCAGUCCCAUGAUCAAAAACGGCUGCACGGUUGGCGGAGUCAGCUUGAAGAAGGCCUUGGCGGAAUCAGUGUUGCUGGCACGCUCACCACAGGGACUGCGACUCUCAAGAGCUUGAUUGGAAGUGUUUGUGGUGCCGCUCCUCUACCCGUAGACUUCACGGAAGAGGCCGCAUUGUCGAUUUAUCAGCCCUGCUUCCCUCAUGUCUUGAACAUGUUGAGCGAUGGCAAGAAUGGAACACAUGUCAACAUCGAAGCUGCAAGGUUGACCGAGGAGCGAGACGCCGUGUUGUCGAGGCCGUGGGUUUCUGUUCACGCUCAGGCAAUCACCGAUCAAUUCGACCGACAGGACGUUCUCAAUACCAAGAUGGGUUUCGGUCGUACUAUUGCAAGAGCCUUUCUGAGGGAUCCGGAGUCCAAGUAUUUUCCUCCGAGCGAGCCUGAGAGCAAUUACUUCGGCUAUCCCGAACCGGUGCUCAAACCUUACUUGCGUGACCUGUUCUUGGAUGCAGAAAAGGCAGAGCAGAGGCUGUUUCUUUCACAUCUCACCAGCACCACACAUCACCCCUGGCACGUACCAGAAUCUUAUGCUGCCCACGACGAAUACCUGAGUAGGAGACGAUGGGGUCGAGAACGGCCGCUCAAUGGCUACUUGAACACCCUUCGGUAUCAAGAUCAGUGGAUCGGCGACUUCAUGGACCUUCUUGAGGAGUUGGAUGUGCUGAAUGAAACGCUUGUUGUCUUUGCUGGCGACCAUGGCAUGGCAUUCCGGGAAGACGCUGAAGCUUUCACCACGUUUGAGAAUCCACACAUCGUCAAUUUUCGGGUGCCUCUAAUGUUCUUCCACCCACGGCUCCCUCGCUUGCAGCUCGAUGCCAAUGCAUCAACGCUCUCCAUCCUUCCCACCAUCCUCGACCUAUUAUCUCAGUCUGGCAGUCUGGAUACGCAGGACAAUGCCGUAGUGUCACAGCUGCUCAAGGAGUACGAGGGCCAGUCAUUGCUGCGACCAUAUGUGGUCGAACAGGACGGAAGGGAGGCAUGGCACUUCAGUGUCGUUAACGCAGGAGCCGCGAUGCUCUCGGUCGGCUCCGCGUCUGUGCCGUGGCGGCUGGUGAUGCCGCUGUGCAGAGAGGUGCCAUACCGCUUCACGCAUCUGGCAGACGACCCCUCCGAGCUACGUCCGGUGGAAUCAUGGACCAUUGGCGGGCUCAGUCGCGCCGUAGAACUGGCUAAAGGUCCCGAUGCGGCUGCCUGGGUGCGUGAUGCCGAGCAGAUGGGCUUGUGGUGGGCAUCGGAACAGAAGCAGAAAUGGCGAUACACCGGGGCCAGCUUGCAGGAUGAUAAAGCACCAGGCAAACACCAGGGCGUAGGCAGGAAUCGUCUUGAUCAUUGGUGGAAUACUUGA